GCCCUCACCUGACCAGCGCAGGGAAUUUCCAGUUCCUCACCCCCCGCCUUUGAGGGAAAAUGAAAGUGAAAGGAAACAGACUUGGUAGGGGAGAUCGCAGCACCAUGAAGCUUCUUCCCCUGCUCGUCGUUGUGGCACUGGGCCUGGCGACCGUGGUGGUCUCGGCUGGACCACAGACGAUUGAGUGCUGGUUCGUGGAGGAUGCAGGUGGGGGUGGCCUGUCCAAGAAACCUGCCACAUUGCUACUGCGCCAUGGACCCAGGGGACCGCCGCCCCGGCCAGAUCUUGACCCUAAGCUAUACUUCAAGGUGGAUGACCCGGCGGGAAUGCUCCUGGCUGCCUUCAGGCGGUACCCCGCAGGCGCCCACGCCCCACACUGCGAGAUGAGCAGCUACAUCCCGUUCCCCGCCUCGGCGAAGUGGGCUAGGGGUCUGAGUCCGCAGCAGAACUGCUCGCGGGCCCUGGACGGGGAUUGGCUGAUGGUCAGCGUAUCCGGCACGGUCUUCAGCCUCUCCAGCCUGCUGCGACCACUGCCGGAGCCUCAGCGGGAGCCUGUCUUCAUCACCAUGGCAACAGUGGUACUGACUGUCCUCACACGUCACCCCGCCCCUCGGAUCCAUCUGGGAAAGGAUGCAGUGCUGGACCUGCGUUUUGCCUACGCGCCCCCUGCUCUGGAAGAUGCUCCCUCUGUGGCCUCAGGGCCUCCUCCCUUUGGGCUGGAGUGGCGGCGCCAGCACAGGGGAAAGGGUCACCUGCUGCUGGCUGCAAUUCCUGGGCUGCUUGAGAAAAUGCCACCAGCCCGAGAAAAGGCUGUGGCAUUUGCUGCUUGGGAUGACGACAAUGAUCCCUGGGGCCCGUGGACUGGGAAUGGGACCUUGUGGCUGCCAGCAGUGAGCCCUUCUCAGGAGGGUGUCUACCUGGCCACCGUACAUCUGCCCUAUCUGCAAGGACAGGUGUCCCUGGAGCUGACUGUGCACAAGCCCCCGAGAGUGUCUCUAACACCAGCACCCAUUGUGUGGGCUGCCCCAGGAGAGGCACCCCCAGAAUUGCUCUGUCUUGUGUCCCACUUCUACCCUGAGGAGGGCUUGGAGGUGGAAUGGGAGCUCAGAGGUGGCCCAGAAGGAAGUUCUAGAAAGGCUGAGGGGAAGACUUGGGUCUCCACUGUCCGUCACCAUUCUGAUGGCUCUGUCAGCCAGUCUGGGCACCUGCAGCUACCCCCAGUCACUGACAAGCAACAUGGAGUUCGCUAUGCCUGUCGGGUCCGCCACCCUAGCCUGCCCUCAUCGGGGCGCAGUGCUGAAGUCACUCUGGAGGUGGCAGGCUUCUCAGGGCCCUCCAUUGAGGACGGCAUAGGCCUCUUCCUGUCUGCUUUUCUCCUUUUGGGCCUCUUCAAGGCACUAGGCUGGAUGGCUGCCUACCUGACCAUUCCUAAAAUCUUAAAGGAGAAGGCCUCAGCUACCAGCCUGACCGUUCCCAAAGACGAAAAGGUACCUGGUCUGAAUCCUUCCUCAUCCUCAGUGUAGUUCACCUCAGACUUUCUGGCCUGGAUCUGUUUCCUUAAGUCAGAGUGAAGACACUGGUCUGUGGAAGCCACCCUCAUCUCUGGUCCAAACGACUCCAGUAGCCCCUGCCCCAGAACAAGAGGGGGGUGCCUCAUACCCUCUUCUCCCUCCAUUAAAUGACUCAGGGUUGUUUUUUUUUUCUUUUUCUUUUUAAUCUUCUUGAUUGUGUUCUUGUUUUUAGACAAGGUCUGAAGGUCUGGCCUGGACCCUCACCAAGCCAACCACGCUGUCCUCGAAGUCCAAGAGCUCCACCUGUCUCUCUUCCUCCAGAGUGACAAGUGGCUUUGGACAUCUUGCCUAAGGGUGUUUUGUUUGUUUGCUUGUUUUUUUUUUUUUGUCUUUUUGUCUUUUUUUUUUUUUUUUUUUUAAGACAAAUCUAGCAUUCUUAACGUUUGGAGGUAGUGGUUCUCAAAAUUUUUGGUUCUAAUACAUGUUUAAAAUGACCAAGAAGCCCAACGAAUUUUUUGUUAUGUGGGCUACAGCUAUUGGAAUAGAACUAAAAUUUUAAAAUGUGGGGGAGAAAAAGCGAGGCUUAGUUAGUGGCACACUCAUUUGACCCUGGCAAGGCACGUGGCAGAGGUACGUGGAUUUCUGAUUUCCAUGCCAGCCUGGUCUACAAUAAGGAGUUUCAGGUCAGUCAGGGUGUCGUAGCAGGGCUUUGUUGAGAGAACCAAAUACAAGAACAUAUAUUCACAGGUCAAGAAGAACCACUGGGGGUUGAGUGGUAGAGCGCUUGCUUAGCAAGCGCAAGGCCCUGGGUUCCGUCCUCACCUGGGGGGGGGGGGGGACGGGACACUACUGUAUGCCCUAGAGAGGCGGUUCUUAGCCUGUAGGUCAUGACCCCUUUAAGUCCAUCGGGAAUACCAGACAUUUAUUUACAUUAGGAUUCACAACAGUAGCAAAAUCAGUUUCGAAGUAACAAAAGAAUUUUACAACUAGAGGAACGGUGUUAUAGGACUGUAACAUUAGGAAGGUUGAGAACCACUGCCCAGGGAAUUGACGAUAGGGCCACAUAGCAUCUUAGCGUUCUAGGGACCUUUGGGACAACCCACAACAGUAGUCUAGAGACGAAGGGGUACAUGUGUCGCCUAUGGAGUACUAAUGCCUACCUCUCCAGCCGUCCAUUCGUACCACAGAGUUUCCUUUGCCUCGUCCUUUCACGAGCGUCCCCCGUGCAGUCCACCGGCUGUACUUAAAGGAUGGCUGUCCACUCCUGUCUGCCGGGCCUCGUGAGCCAAUAAAGUCUUUUAGAGUUUUCA